AUGACUAAUGUGAAUCCAGAAUCCCUCCCUCCCCUCCCUGCACCCUCCUCCUCCAGCCCUUAUUCCUUUCUCCCACCCCAGACACCCACUUGCUCUCCGACCUCCCCUUGUGACAAUGGGGUCAUGUUGUACUUGUCUCACCUAAGCAAGAAGGAGCUACGAAUGUUCAAGCAGCUGUUAAUGAACAUGAAGCUCAGACCUGGCUCUGUCCACAUCACUUGGGACCAGCUGGAGAGAGCCAGUUGGGCAGAAGUAGUCCAUCUCUUGAUAGAGCACUUCCCUGGAAGACUAGCUUGGGAUGUGACUUGUGACAUCUUCACCAAGAUGGACCAGAAGGAAAUGUGUUUUCUGGUACAAAGAGAGCUAAACAGCAUCCUACCCACCUUGGAACCAGAGAAUGUGGGUCCAAUAGGAACACGAAUGGCUUUGAAGGAGGAAUGUGAUAAAAUGCAAGAGUACAGAUUGCAUGUUAUGGAAACAUUUUGCCCCAUAUGGAACAAGACAGCUUGGCCUGGAAACCACAAGGACUUCUUGUACCAGGAUGUACACAGACACAAGGAGCUCUUAUCAUGUUUAUUUCUACCACAAAAACCUCAGGGCAGACAGCCCAAGACCGUGGUCAUUCAGGGAAUUCCUGGGAUUGGAAAAACAACCCUGGCCAGAGAGGUGAUGGUGGCGUGGGCACGAGAUGAGUUCUACUCGCACAAGGACUGGCGUGCUUUCUUCUUCUGUUGUGAAGACCUGAACCGAGUAGCAGAGCAGAGCUUCUCAGAGCUGAUUGAGCACAAGUUUCUCUGGUCACAGCAUCUCGUGUCAAAGGUUUUGUCCAAACCAAACCAACUUCUCCUUGUCUUUGAUAGCUUUGAGGAAUUCACAUCUCCCCUCAUCAAAAGACCAGAUGAUCUGAGUGAAGACUGGACCCAGAAAUUGCCUGGUUCUGUUCUCCUCAGCAGCUUACUAAGCAAAAGGAUGCUUCCAGAAGCCACACUUUUGAUCAUGGUCAGAUUGACCUCCUGGCCAACUGUCAGACACUUGCUGACAUGUCCCUCAAUCGUCACCCUUACUGGGUUUAACAGGAUUGAGAGAAUCAAAUAUUUCAGGGAAUAUUUUGGAAAUACGGGGGAGGUGGAUCGAGUUGUGAAUUUUGCCACAGAAAAUGCAAUUCUGUUCUCCAUGUGUCGGGUCCCUGUGGUUUGCUGGAUAGUUUGCUGUUGUCUGAAAGAGCAAAUGAAGAAAGAAGGAAAUCUCACACAGGUUUGUCCAAAUGCCACAUCUGUGUUCGUCUUAUAUCUUUCUACCUUGUUUCUGACCACAUCUAAGAACCUUUCCAACCGAACUCGCCAAGAACAACUGGAAAGUCUUUGUCACUUGGCUGCAAGGGGCAUGUGGAAUGUGAAGUGUGUGUUUGGGAAGAAGGAUCUUGAGCGAGCCAUGGUGGAUGAGCCCAGUCUCACCUCCUUUGUCGAGGCGAAUAUUCUUCAAAGGGUUAAAGGUCAUAGGGACCGCUAUAUCUUUGCCCUCUUCAUUUUCCAGGAGUUUUUUGCUGCCUUAUUUUAUGUUCUCCGUUUUCCACACAGACUGAAAAGUUAUCAUGUGGUGGGCCACAUGGAAGUCCAGUGUCUGAUUGCAAGUCCCGGAGGAAGCAAAAACUUCCUAGCUUCCCUGGGACUUUUCUUAUUUGGCCUUUUGAAUUCUGCAUGUGCAUCAGCCGUGGAGCUGUCCUUCCAGUGCAAGGUGUCCUUGGACAAUAAGAAGAAAGUGCUGAAAGUUGUAGCUCAGUUGAAUGAAUACAAGCCGCCUCCUCCAUGCUGUGGGGUUCCACAGUUCUUCUACUGUCUGUCUGAAAUCCUGGAGGACGCCUUCAUCAGCCAGGCACUGAAGGGUUACUGCAGUGCCCCUUUGAAACUUGACAGUGAAAAAGACAUCCAAGCAUCUGCUCUUUGCCUAAAGCACUGUCGAGAUCUAAAGGAGGUGGAGUUGACUAUCUCAGAGAACCUGUUGAAGGAGCAGUGGCCUGGCCCAGAGAACACCAUCCAUGUCUCUGAGAUAAGAAACCUGUACUAUGGAUACUGGCAAGACAUCUGCUCUGUGUUUGGGACAAAUGAGGGUUUGGAAGUCCUAACUGUGACAGAUACUACCAUGGAACCUGAGUUUGUGAAGGUUUUUACCACUGCAUUGGGACAUCCCCGUUGCAAACUACAAAGGCUAUCAUUAAGGCACGUGGGAAACAGCAUGUUGUAUGAAGACUUAUUCCAUGUUUUGAUUGAAAACCUGCAUCUAAGAUACUUGGAGAUACAACACACAGAGAUGGGACAGGGAGCCAUGAAGUCUCUGUGUGCAGCGUUGAAAUUCCCCGAGUGUCAUCUGCAGAGUCUUAGGUUGGAAGACUGUGUGGUCAGCUCUAGAGACUGGAUGGAUCUUGCCAGUGAUCUUCAAGGGAACACACGCCUGCGGACACUCCUGCUGAGAAGCAAUUUCCUAGACAGAUUUGGGGCACUUUUCCUGUCAGCAGAUCAUCUCAAGAGGCUCGCGUUGGAGAACUGUAACAUCACAGAGGUCUCUUGUGAAAGUCUUGCCUUGUCUCUCAGGCAUAGAAAAAGGUUGACUCACCUAAGCCUGGCAGAGAAUGCCCUGAAGGAUGAAGGGGCAAAGCACAUCUGGAAAGCCUUGGGCUGCUUGACAUGUCCUUUAAAGAGACUGGUCCUGAGAAACUGCGCUCUGACCUCAGUUUGCUGUCAAGAAAUGACCUCUGCUCUCAAAAACAAUAAAACCUUGAGAAGUCUCGACCUUAGUCUUAACAACCUGAAGGAUGAAGGGGUAAUCCUGCUCUGUGAGGCACUGGUGCACCCUGGAUGUGACCUACAGAUUCUGGAGCUGGAAGGGUGCCUGUUCACUUCCAGUGGCUGCCAGGCACUGGCUUCCAUGCUGCACAGCAACAGGAAGCUGAGAUAUCUGGACUUGAGCCAGAAUGACAUCGGAGUGGCCGGCAUGCUAAUCUCGGGCAGAGACUCCUCAGGCCAAAGGCAGACAGAAAAGGCAGAGGAAAGCAAAUGGCAAGUGGAUGUGCAGACAAGACUGAUGGGCCCUGCAGUAGACGAGGGCUUCCUGCGGAUCUUACAGGACUGGUGUGCCUAG